AUGUCGCUCCGGAUUAAAGCGGUGGUGGACAAAUUCGUUCAGGAAUUAAAGGAAGCGUUGGAUGCCGACAUACAGGACCGGCUAAUGAAGGAGCGGGAGAUGCAGAGUUACAUUGAGGAGAGGGAACGUGAGGUCGCCGAGCGUGAAGCCGCUUGGAAGGCCGAACUUUCUCGACGGGAGGCGGAGAUUGCCCGACAGGAAGCUAGAUUAAAGAUGGAAAAGGAGAACCUCGAGAAAGAGAAAAGCGUGCUGAUGGGAACAGCAUCCAAUCAAGACAAUCAAGAUGGUGCUCUUGAGAUUACUAAUGAUUGUGAUGAUUUUCUGCUUCAAUCUGAGUAUCAAAGUCAGAAACCGAACCAUAUACGGGAUAAGAAAUUGACCCGGGGCAUCACAUGUUCGUGCGGCAUAACAUAUGUGCUGCUUGCACCUCUAUUUUUUGAGAUCUUACAGGGUGGCAAAAGGAAAACCCUUCUUAAAACCCUCAAUAGGCAGACAGAAGGGGUUAGGAGCCAGAGUACCAUGAAACUCUCUCUUGUAAAAAGCAUCCUCUUCUUCCACAAAGGGAAUUUUACCAAAGUUCUUUCAACUUCGAAACCUAAUCUUUAUCAAACAUCACCUCCAGUUCCUCCUACUUUAUCUUCCUUCGACUUCAGUAGACUUUUCUCUUCAGAAAUCCCAAAGAAAUCUGAAUCGAUCUUGGAUCAACCCAGAGGAGGAAAUGAUGAUGCGGAUAACUUCAGCAACGAAGAAUUGAAAAAGCAGAUCCAGAAGCUUUAUGAAGGAGACCCGGAUGCGUUCGGAACAGUGUUUGAAACAAUACUGAGGAGGAAGUUAUCAGGGAAAACUGAUGAAUUAGACGAUGAUUUGGUCAACGAAUUGCCUAUCACCCCACCAGUUGUUGGCAAUGAUGGUCUUCACACAGAGUCUGAUUCUUCAGACUCAGUUUCUGAUAGUGGUAGUGAUGACUGA